AUGAACUCUGCAUAUCGUCUGGCUUGUUUUGGACAUCAGCUUCACCGGUCUUCUCUUGUUCCCGCCAGAUUUCUGCUAAAAAAUCAAAAUUUGGUAAGUUUUUUGCGAUUUUGUUGUUGAAUUUUAGGUAAUUCAUGAAGCGAUAGGCUUGAGAAGAUUUGUCGGACCUGUUGCGAGCUAGUUUAGGAGGUUUAGACGGUGAGAACGCCGAAAAUUUUCUGUUUGACUCUAAAGUUGUCAUGGAUCAGGUAAAAAUCGAAAUUUUGGCCGAAUAUGGGAAAGAUCAGAGAUUUUUGGCUUGAAGAUAGUUUCUUUAUUUCAUUAUUGAGCUGUCGAAGAUCUUUUUGUUUUGAUAACUAUCAAUUUUUUCUUUCUCAAAAUCUUAUCAUGAACAAUAUAAAUAAGGACCAAAUUUUUGACUUUUUCAGCGUCCAAACUCGCUAUUAUGCCUACGACAGUUUUAUAUGUCGAUUCCUCGAUUGGAAUUGUCCAAAGAGCCCAAGAAACCCGUCCCGAUCGUCCUUCAAUCCACUCCAGUCAGCUCAACAGCUAGAAGAACGUUGAAACGAAGACGUUCCUUGACUGCUAUGAUCAAGAAAGAGGGUGAUGGUCGACCGCAGGUGUUUGGAGUCGCUUUGGCCGAAAGUUUUGAUUUGAUUCAUCUGCUUGCCGAUGCGAAAUUAGCCCAAACUUAUCAAAUGACCUUUGUUGAUGAUGGUGAGUGAAAAAAUGGAGGUUGCUGUAAAUUUGUGGGCAGUAUACUUGUAAAAGGAUUUUAAAAUGAAGAAUCAAAGUGUGUGAGGGCAAGAAGUGAAGAUUUUGAUAUUAUUUUUUUGACUUUUGAGGUCUUUUUUAGCUGAUAUUAUAGUAGGUAAAAGUUGAAGUGUAACUCAAAGUUUUAUAAUUUUUAUUGUCUAAAAUUGUUUCUAAAUGACUAAUGGGUCAUUUUAGAGGAUAUAAUAAAGUUGUAGCCAUUUUGGACUCCGCCUUUAUAUAUUUUUUACCUUAUACAUGACCAAAUUUGAUAUUGAACUAAAAAAUUGACGAUUUAUCGCUAAAUAGCAGCUAAAAUUAUUGGUCGCAACUCUGAAUAUGUUAUAAUUGAAAUUCUGUUUCUUUCAGAAUUCGAAGACGCCAUUCAUUUCACCCCCAAAGCCGAGUAUAACAUAUCUCCCGGCUCGAACAAGGAGUUUUUCCUCUUCAGCGACGGCGUUUUGAUCUCUUGGCACUACGAUAGAACCGAAUUCCAACGACUCAUUGAACACUUGAAGCCCUUGGGAGACACUCCGUAUGACGAUGUUUUGGUCCAGCAGGAAAUUGAGAGCAUGACUUUGGACAUUAGUGGCAGUGGGAAGUUGAACAUAAAAAAUGACGUCAUCAGAAUCCCGAAAAUCGAGAAUGAGACUCAGAAAGCGGUGGAGGUGCUGGUUAGAUACGCGGUGUCUCAUGGAAUGGCUGCAAGUGGUGAGUUUUGCGAGUGGAGACGUUUUAUACGGUGAAACAUGUUUUGUCGUAUAAAAUGGCAGGAGCACUGAAAUUAGGGAAAUUUUUAUGCGAAUAACAUUUUUUGGACUGUGUUGAAUCUUAUUUUCAAAAAAUUAAUGGAUUGCGACGUCUUAUACGAUGAAACAUGUUGUGUCGUAUAAAAUGUCAAGAGCACUGAAAUUAGGGAAAUUUUUGGACGAAUGACAUUUUUUGGACUGUGUUGAAUCAUAUUUGCUAAAAAAUAGGUGAUGGAGACAUCUUAUACGAUGAAACAUGUUUUGUCGUAUAAAAUGGCAGGAGCACUGAAAUUAGGGAAAUUUCUUGGCGCAUAACACUUUACGGACUGUGUUGAAUCUUAUUUUCAAAAAAUUAAGGGAUGUCGACAUCUUAUACGAUGAAACAUGUUUUGUCGUAUAAAAUGGCAGGAACACUGAAGUUAGGGAAAUUUUUGGUCGCAUAACAGUUUUUGGAGUGUGAUGAAUUUUAUUUGCAAAAAUUAGGGGGUGGCGACAUCUUAUACAUUGAAAAAAUUUAGUUUUUGUACCUUCAUGGAUAAUAUAAAUUUGUGUCGAUUGUGAAUUGUAAUUUGUUGAGUUCUUUCAGUAAAAGUGGCCAUAUGGGAACACAAGCUCAACGAAUACAGCGAACCUCUGAAUUCGACCACACAAUCACUGAAAAAUGGAGUUAUCCCAUGGAGGAGAAGAGAAUGCCUGAAGAGAAUCGGAGAGUUCGCAGCACUCAGAUACUCGAUUAAUUUGAACAGUGGCCUACUAAACACCGACUUUUAUUGGGAAAGAGAGCAAUUGGACAAGGUUUUUGAGGAUGUGUUGCGGUAUUUUGUGGUCAAAAAGAGAUUACGGUAGGAUUUGGAUGGAUUUUUUUGAUUUUUGGAGUCUGAAAGGCUGUAGAUCGUGGUAAAAAUUUGUCACGGACUUAGGUGGUCUAAGUUCUGAGUUUGUCCAAAGUUUUAUUAAAAAUAAAAAAAAAUUUUUUGCCAAAAUUUUGCCUUGGUCCCCCCUUACCAUUAAAAAAUUUUUUUUUUCGAAAUUUUUAAAUUUUUUUAAUUCUCGCGUAGUGAAAAGUUGCUAAAUACUUAUGUGGUAUAAGUUCUAAAUUUGUGCCAACUUUUAUUAAAAUUUUAAAAAAAAAUUUUGCGAAAAUUUUGCCUUGGUCCCCCCUUACUAUUUUUAAGAAAUUUUUUUGAAAAAUCAAAAUUUUUUUUUUCCAGUGAGCUGAAUUCCCGCCUGGACUACUGUGAGAACCUCGUAAAUCAGAUCGACGAAAUGCUGACCCAUCGGCACGCCUCAUUCCUGGAGUGGAUGAUCAUCAUUUUGAUUGUGAUCGAAGUCAUUUUCGAUCUUCUCCACUACUUUGACUUCUCCGUCACCCCCGUUUUCAUCGUCGAUGACCCAACCAAACUGAUUCAAAACAAAAAGAAGAGCCAGGAAUAG